AUGGCUACUAAUAUUAGUAUAGUUCUAGAAAAAAAUAAGAAUCAAUUUACGUGGUUGCAACUAUUUGCAAAUAAUGAUUUAAGAGAAGCAACGAAUGAAGAAUUCAUUUAUGAUAUACUUUUUUAUAGAAAAGUUUGGGAAAAGGUUUACAUUAGAAAGGAUGAAUUAGUCAGAAGACAAGAGACUACAACACAUAGUUCACUUAGUACUACUGGAGACAUAGAAAAUAGUUCAAUACAACUUGUAAAUCUCUGCAAAGUGGCAGUUAAAGAAAGACCAAAAAGAACAAGUCACUACAAUAAAAGCACUACAAAGACUACAUUACAGGAAACAAGCAAUAAAAAGCAAUACACUUGUGGAUUCUGUAAAGAGUUGGGGCAUAAUGUUGCAACUUGUUCAAAUAAAAUACAAGA